GCGUUUGCGUUUGUGUUGUGUGUCCAAAAUUUGGCUAUAUUUUUCUAUUCCUUUACGGCAAUGUGUUUUAUAAUAUAUCUUCCGCAUUUAAACUUUAGUGAUGCUAUCCACCACAGCAAAUAGUAAAGUGAAAAGUUCGAGAUUACCGGAGAACAUCGACAAUUCUGAUCGGGACGAUUUCGGACAUGAAAACACAACGGACGAUAAGGUCAGAGGUUAUGUUGGCUCGUACGAUGGCUCUUCGUCGUUCGGAGGGCCUCGAGACCCGCGCUUCCGGCCUCGCGGCCGCGUCACGGAGUUCCGCCACUCGCGGGGCGGCGGUCGGGGAGGCCCUCGGGGCCGUGGCUGUUUCCCGCCACGACCGACGUUCGAGCGCGACGAAAACUCUUACAAGUAUCACGAACCGCUAGGAUCGACUAACAACGAUGGCUGGUCGCAAGGAAACAAUAAAUUCUAUGACAGGUCAGACUUGGCAGUCAACCUGCCCGAGGACCCUCGUAUCUCUAAGCUACUACGUCGCCUAUGUGCAGAGGCUGAUAUUGAGAAAUCCUUAGUAAUAUGCAGCAAGUUGCAGGAUGCUGUCAUGCUGCCAGAGAACGCGCGCUAUAUACGAAGAGCUUAUGAUAUCCUGGUGGACUCUCUGUUAGAUGUGCUGUACAGUGCCCCCAGUCCGGAAACUAAAGAGAAUGCAGCCGUAGUGUUGGGUAGAAUUGGGUAUGUUAUGGGCCCUGACUAUAGGAAACAUCUUGAUUGGGUUUUAACUACAUAUUCUGGGCACAACACUUCAAUAAAGCACUUGCUUAUACUCUCCUUCACGGAAACCUUUCAGAUCGACCAUCUGACGCCUUGCUUAGGAGAGUUUGCAGAAACAACUUUGGAGAAGCUCCAAGCUAUUAUUGAAGCUACAGACUCAGCUGAUGUGUUCAUGGCGGCAAUUAAUGCUAUGAUAUUGAUGUCCAACUCCUACCCUGAACACUUUGCUAAUCAUUUUGUUGACACAGUAGACAUAUUGGUAGGUUGGCAUGUUGAUAAUGCCCAACCUAAUAAAAUCAAGGAAUUUGCUCUACAAUCAUUAUUCAAACUGAGCCGCCACUGGCAGGCUGACAUUGGUUUUUCAGUCAAUUUACUCAAUCAAUUUGUAGAAGACAUGGUGGCUUACUGUCAUGACUUGGAUACCAAUAAAAGUGACAAGGAUGGAGAUGCUAACUCCCAUGAAGAUUGCAUGCAGAAAAUUGCCUCAUUCUUAAAUGUUUUCAACACUGUUGUUAAGAGUUUAGGGACUCUCCUGAACCCUAAUGUGUCUCAAGUAGUUUCAUGGACCUUCUUAACAGACUCCCUUUCAAAAGUUCUACAGGUAAUGACAGAUGCUCUGAAGGAAGAUGCAGAUUCAGAGCUUAUUCUUGCAGGGAAUGAAUGCAUAAUGUUGCUCAUAAAGUACUUACAAAUGAAAUCAACUGCGUGCCUUUCCUCACUGUUUGCUUUGAUGUCUAUAGAAAUGAAUGGUUACAUGCAAGCAGACGAGGCACUUUCUUUGAGCAUUAUAAAUCUUAUAUCCACAGCAAUAAAGGAAAUUGCGUCAAACUUAACAUUGGAGUUCAUAACACAGAUCAUUGGGCCUCAGUCCUUGUUGCGCCCUUUACGCUUCUCUGCAAGCAUUCAGGUGUUAACCAGCGUAAUGUCUGUUUACAGUAAUCUACUCAAUUUGAAAAAUAUACCCCUCUUACAAGAGGCAUACAAAUAUGUUCUUAUGGAUAUGCAAAAUUCCUACACAAUAAUUUUACCACAUAUACAAAUCAUACAAGUUGAGUACGUUGAAGAAGUGAGUAAAGAUGAUGCAGAGAGGAACAUUAUAUUUUACCUUCAAUGUUUAUCUGAACUGGCAAAUGCUAGUAAUUCUAUUAUUGGGAUGUGGGCUUUACAACCAAGUAUUUUAGAACUAUUGGCAAUAAAAAUGUGUCCACAUGAUGAGAUUUUGAUGAAAGAGAGACCUGCCUUACAGUAUGCCAUACUAUACUUGCUGUAUUCCCAUUGUAAGAAGAAUAAUCACUUUAUAGCCUCCAGCGAUCUGGUGACAAACUCUCAACAGCGAGCUAAUGACCUUUUUGGACUGUCUACCCUUACUUUAGGAGAGGUAUCCAGCUCGAGCCCUACGUCUGGUCACCUUGCAGUCAUAUUGAACAUACUCAGCAUUGUACUUGAUGACCAGAUGCCUAAUGAAAGCUUAACCCUUGUUUUAACUUGGGUAUCUGAUAUAUUCUGUCAACUGGACAAAUAUUUGCCUAUAGUCAAUAUGUCCAAAAGUUUUUUGGUUCUACUAACAAAUAUGUUGGCACUAGCACACAGUUUUGACAGUAAUAUAGUCUUGCUUGUGAUAAGAAAUUUCUAUUUGUUACUGAGGAACAAGAACAUAGUUUGGAAUAUGCUUCUUCUCAAAACUAUAGCAGUUAUAUGUAUAUUGCACAUUGACAAUCAGAACAGAGCUUUGGCCAAAUUGUGCAAAAAGGUUCUGUUUGAACUUCCAUGGGACAUAGUUCAGCAAGAAUUGGACAAGCAAACUGUAAAGAUAUUUACCAGCCGCAAAUUUACUCACAUGAUUAUCAAUUGUGACACCAAGAUAAAUUCCUUCAAAGAGUACCUGAUGAAAGGAUCUUUCUCUAUGCUCCCCAAUCAUCACUUCAAAGCAAUCAUUAACUGUCUCAUGCAAAUUAAUCUUGACACAAAAGAUUUCCUGCUUGAUAUAUUCAUAUCUUCUUGGCCUGUACAGAGCUAUGAUGCUGAUGAAAAUAAUUUAAAUUUCUUCAGACAGUGUGUAUCAAAUUUCUCAUCCAUUUGUGUAAAUUGGGCCCUUUCGGAAUUAGCGCACACAUGUAUUACCUUGAAACUACGAACUGUUCUCGGUAAGCCUCAAGAAACCUUUACAAAGAUAGAAGGAACCUUAAAGGGUGUUGCCAGAGAAAUAUCUUCUAGUGAAACGAAGUAUGUGGCUGAAGAACACAAAAAGCUACUAGAGGUUUUAACAGCAGAACAAGUAAGAUCGCGGUGGCUUAUCGAAUUUAUGAUGUUCUUGGAGAAGUACACUUACAAUGCUGCAGAAGGUACGGCCACUGUCCUUCCGGCAGUCGCUAAACCUGUAAAGACAUUUUUCCACACCAACUGGCCCACAUGUCGAGAAUGGCUCAACAGAGUACGGCCUGCUGCACUCGCUGUCAGUGUUUAUGGAGGAAAUUAUGGCGCGGCGAUUUACCACGCGUCGUUCAUAUUGCAAAAUGCUGCCAAUUCAAGUACUAAUAUUGACAUAGAGGCUAUAACAAUGAGUGUAUCUCGAGCCCUAAUAAAGAUUCAGGAACCGGAGGUUCUGCAUGGCCUUUAUGUGUGGAUAAAACAAAAAUUCGACCUUAAAUUCCCAUGGUUAAAAGGAGCAGCCGAACAAGCAAAUUCACGCUAUGAAUUGGCUACUGAAUAUUCUAAAAUGUUGUGCAAUGCAAAAUUGAAUGAUGAUAGCGAUGAAACAAAAAUGCCUCUGCUGGACAAUAAAGGACUUAAAUUUGUAAAUGAACAAAUAUUUGAAAGCUACAAGAAUAUUCAAAGUUGGGAAGAUAUGGAAGAGUGGAAAGAAAUGAUGGAGGGAACUGGAUAUAGCUCCAACUGGGAAUCAUUUAUAGAUUUAAAACAAUUUGAUGAAAAUAAUGAGAUUCCUGAUUUAAGCGAUUGGAAUAUUCUUAAUCCUGAUGCUACUGAAAUGUCGAAAAAUAUCUCUUCAUACCAGAGUCUGUUUGACAAGAUAGAGUCAACAUUGAUAUGUUCAGCAAUGAAUUUGUACACCAAUGAUUAUGAUAACAAAUAUAAAGUUUUACUGAACGACUGUGAAUAUUUAUUGAAUAAAAGUGCAGAAGAACUCGCUAGAACAAACGCUAUACAUUUUCUCAAAGAUGUUGCAGUAAUGCAGUUAGCCAAUCAGGGUUUGUUAAAUAUCAUGAAAAAUGGGAAAGCAAUUACUAACCCGUUCAAACCAUCAGCACUAAAAGAAAACGUUUAUGGAACAGAGAUGAAAAAUUUGACACGUGUUUUAUGGUGGCACCAAUAUUUUACGAAACUCAAUAUGACUGAAGAGAACGUGUUUUAUAACGAAUGUCUUCGACUGGACGUAAUCAGAAGCGCAAGAAAGAACGCCAACUUACUGAUGGCCAAGAGAGAGCUUCUUAGGCAUUUUAAACAUAAUCCAGCAUUUCAGUUGUGCAUAAGCGUCAACAGUUUGGAAGAAUUAAGCAAUGUCCUGCUCUUGUCAAACAAUACUUAUGAUCUAGAUAUAUGGACGCUAAAUAAUGCCAGUGCAUUAGCAGAAUUGUGUAAAGUAACAUAUGCCAGAGAAGAUUCGAAAGUGGAGGCUAUUAACCUAUGUGCAAGUAUAUCUCUAGGGUUUUCUCAAAGAUUAGCGAUGGGAGAGCAGAGCUAUGAGCUCCGUGAAAAAGGAACGAGAAUGUUAUUGACUUUGUCAAAGUGGGUGCAGAAUGAAAAUGAAAAUAUUUUAGUCACUGACUCACCUCUGAUGAAACUACUUGCAGCUCUACCAGAAAUUGGUCUGGUAGAUAAUAACAUUUCAGAAAACGUUAUUCCACUAACUGACUCGGCCGUUGGAAAAUUGCUGCAGUUUGGAGUGAAUCAAUGCCCCGGUCUAGCUAAGGCUUGGGCGAAUUUUGCCGCUUGGUGUUUCAGAUGGGGCCGCAAAAUGGUCGAGUUCAGUUCUAAAACUCGGGAGCAACUCACAGACAACGAUAAGCUUCGGAUAGAAAGUGUUAUGAUCGGGUGCUCGCCGCAAGAUUUCGAAGCAGUGUGUGAAAUAUUAUCGAAAACCAAAGCAACAUGCGAUGAAGAAGAUAUCGAUUGGAACGAAAUUAAUACAUCUGAAAUGAUCGAAAGUCAUUUACGUACGGUGCCUUCACUAAACAACGCUUACCCCGAACAUCUCGCUUUGUUGGUUGAUAUAUGGCGACAAGCCCAAAAAAGAGUAUUCUCAUAUUUCGAGUUAUCUGCAGACGCUUACUUCAAGUUCUUGCAAUUGAUAUGUGCUUCUGAUUUUAUCAAUCAUAGUGGUGAAAAUGCUGUUGUGAACGCUACCCUGAGACUGCUUCGACUUAUUGUUAAGCAUGCUAUGGAAUUACAAACCGUUCUUGAAUCAGGUCUGGCCAAUACGCCUACGCAGCCUUGGAAAGUUAUCAUUCCACAGUUAUUCUCCCGACUUAAUCAUCCAGAAACAUAUGUGAGGAAAUGCGUUUCCGACUUACUGUGCAGAUUGGCAGAGGAUACGCCGCAUCUUAUCACUUUCCCCGCAGUAGUGGGCGCCGUAGAAAAUGAACAGAACAGUAUAACGGAUUUACACGUACCGAGAUCGUUUUUGUCUAACGACGAUGCCGACAGUGAUGAUGAUUUAGACAUGGAGGACUCGGCCAGCGACAAAGUCGUAAAUAAUGAGUUAAAUUCUUGCUUCCUCGACAUGGUGGAAACGUUGGCUAAACAAGCCCCGAAAACGAUUUUACAAGUCAAAUUGUUGGUAAAGGAGUUACAGAGAAUAAACUUACUAUGGGAUGAGUUGUGUCUAGGCACAUUUGUACAACAUCAUUCGGAAUUCAGCAAGCGUCUCACUCAGUUGGAGGCUGAAAUCGUAAAGGUGAAGAACAACACAAAUCUGACAACCGAAGAGAAAGAGAAACUUAUUAAGGAAAAACAUCGCAUCAUAUUCGAGCCCAUCGUGUUUGUUUUGGAGCAGCUCAAUCAGAUAACCUCUGCUACGCCCGAAACCCCACAUGAGACAGCGUUCCAGACCAAAUUCCAAGCCAUCAUUGUUGAUGUAAUCGACAAGUUGAAAAAUCCAGCUAAUCCUGAAAAACCGCAAGAAUCUUGGGCACCGUUGAAACAGCUACAAAUUAAACUCCAGCAAAAAGUUAAUAAAAGAACAUCUUAUAUUCUAAAAAUGUGUGAUAUAAGCCCCGUGUUAGCCGACAUGAAAAACACGGUAAUAACUAUGCCCGGUCUUCAUACAAAUCAGCGUACCGUCAGAAUUACGAUAAAAUCCAUAGAGAACAAUGUGGCCAUUUUACCGACCAAGACAAGGCCUAAGAAGUUAGUGUUUUAUGGAUCAGAUGGCAAAUCUUACACAUACCUGUUCAAGGGUCUCGAAGACUUGCAUUUGGAUGAGAGAAUAAUGCAGUUGCUAUCAAUAACUAACACGAUGUUAGCGCGUGACUCUGAGAACAACAAUAACCAGACAUACAGAGCUCGUCACUACUCUGUUAUUCCUCUCGGACCUCGCUCGGGUUUGAUAAGUUGGGUGGACAAUGUGACACCUCUGUUUGCGUUGUACAAGCGCUGGCAAAAUCGUGAAGCAGCCAUGCAGUCUGCGAAAAUAAAUAAGCCCGUGAACGUCCUCCGACCUUCAGAACUUUUUUACAACAAGCUCAACCCGUUACUGAAAGAAGCUGGAGUGUCUCCGGAGAAUAGGAAGGAAUGGCCCGUGUCCAUCUUGAAGCAGGUCUUACAAGAGUUGUCGUCGGAGACUCCCAAUGAUUUGUUGGCGCGAGAGCUGUGGUGCAGCAGUGUGAACCCUGAGCAGUGGUGGCAAAUGACGCGUCGCUACAGCUACUCUGUCGCGGUGAUGAGUACUAUAGGUUAUAUUAUCGGUUUGGGCGACAGACAUUUGGACAAUGUGCUGGUAGAUUUGACGUCUGGUGAGGUGGUGCAUAUAGACUAUAACGUGUGCUUCGAGAAAGGGAAGACCUUGCGCGUGCCAGAGAAGGUGCCGUUCCGGAUGACGCCCAACUUGGUGACGGCACUCGGGGUGACAGGAGUUGAGGGCAUUUUCCGACUGGCGUGCGAGCACGUGGUCCGCACGAUGCGGCGCGGGCGCGAGACGCUGCUGACGCUGCUCGAGGCCUUCGUGUACGACCCGCUGGUGGAGUGGGGCGGCGGGCGGCGGCGGCGCGGCGCCCGCCACGUGCGCGCCGCGCGCGCCAUGCUCGCUGUGCGCGUGCGCGAGCUCAAGCACACCGCCGCACAAGUCACGGAACAACUUUUGGCCAUAUUGCCUGAAGUGAAACAAAGCGCUGAGAGAUGGCUAGAAGAAAACGACGAGUUCAAAGCUGUUGAAUCCAAACUUCAGCUUUGCCACCAACAAAUGUCGCUAAUAAAAGAGAUUGAAGCCUACGGUAACAACCUCAACAACCAUCCGCUGUACGCCAUUUCACAAAGAUACACGUCCUACAAACAAGCCAAGAAUGCUGUGGAGGAUUCUAUGAAAGCGCUCGUCAAAAUUCUUAACGAUUUUGACACACAAAUUGAAAGUUUUGCCACCACCAAUGAGGUUCUAAACGGCCCGCAAUUAAUGGCGUGGGUGCAAGAAUUCUCUGGCCCACAAGAAGAAGAAGAAAAUCAAAUAUUUGAACACAUAAAAGAGUUCUUAACUAAUGCGGGACAGAGCUCAAUGAUAUCUCAGUGCGAACAAGCUGAACUAGAAUUAAACCAAAGCAUGAAGCAAACCAAUCUCCUUGUCAGAUCCUGCCUUGAACUUCUUACGCAAUAUGUCGCAGUUUCCCAGUACUACCCUCAAAGUCAGACAGAAUACCACCGCAUAGUGAUGUUCCGCAAAUAUCUCGCUGCAGCCUUAGAAAGCAAAUCUCCCGAAGUGUGCCGUGAAGUAUCCAAUCAAGUCACAGCAUUAGUCAACUCCGAUUCAAACUGUGGCGAUUCACAACAAAUCGUCGCUUACAACUACCGUCUGCAACAAAUAAACGCUGAAGCCACUGCGAGUCUGAACAAAUGUGUUGAAAGGCUGCAGCAAGAAGGUGGUCCUGAUGCUAUUGCUAUAGCACAAGAAGCUUACGUGGAGGCCAAGAACAAUGUCAGCAAUUGGGUGAGGGCGGAGGAGGGUGCUGCAGCGGCUUUAGAAAGUGUUGUCAUUGGAAUGCUAUGCAAUUUAAACAGGCGAUAUUUGAUGUUGGAAACUGGAGCCCAAAGCGCAGGAGACUGUCUCGUAGACUUGACGUCAAUGGAAGGAGAAUGGUUCCUUGACGAUAUGAGCUCGUUAUCUAUGCAAGCCGUGGAACUGCUGUCACUUCUACCUUUACAAUCUGCAUCAGUGGAAGACGCUUCUUUACCAGUGGCUGUUGAAUGCGUAAGAAACGCCAACUUACUUCUAGCAGACUUGGUACAGUUGAACUACAAUUUUAGCACCAUCAUAUUACCAGAAGCUCUCAAAAAAGUGCACUCUGAAGAUCCAUCUGCACUUUUGAUGAUAAACGAACUGAACAACGUGAUCAUGAAUUCACCAGUUCCAUUGAAUGAUCUUUUGACAGAUCUUGAAAUGCAUUUCAGAUAUCUUGUGAUGGACAUGGAGUCUCCAGCAGCCAGUGCCCAAAUUAUAGCAGCAGAACUGCGCUCCAGAUACGAAGCCCUGCUAUCCUCAACGACCGAGGGGGAGAACCAGUCUGCAGGGCGCAUGCUGCUGAUGGGCUUUAACGGGUUAUUUGCUGCUGUGGAACUCCGUAGUCGGGAGCUGGCGGACCACCUGGCCGCGCCCACGCCGCCUGCGUGGAGGAAGAUCGAUCAUAUCAAUGAUGCUAUGCAUAUGUCGGCCGCAAUGCAAAGUCCGUCCCUACGCUCUGUGCUAGAGGAUAUCUUCAUAGUCCGUCGUAUCCAGACCGUGGCGGAGGUGUUCUCACUGUGCGCGCAACUCGCGUGCGCGUUCCGCGGCGCGCCCGCCAAUCCUAACUCACAUCCCAUGCACCCCGCUUCGGCUAUCAUGCUGGACGAUGCCGCGCUCUGCAAGCCUGUUAGACGGUUCACGGCAGAAUACGUUUCCCGCUGCGUAUUGGGUGUGCACUCUAAAGCCCUGGCGUCCGUGCUGUGCCUGUUGCUGCGCCGCGCGCGGCUAGACCUGCACGCCGAAGUGGAACAAAAAGAGAUUGGCGCCUCCUGGAGCGUAUCAUUGGAGUCUCUGUGCGAGAAGGCGGCCGCGGUCGGCUCGCCCCGCGCGCGCGCACGCGCCUCCGCACUGUCGGCCGCGCUGCAGGCGGGCCGCGCGCGCGCACACCGCGCCGCGCUCGCGAGCCGCGCUGCCGAGCGCGCCCGCGCCGUGGCUCGCGCGUCCCGCCUCAGGGCCGCUGCGCACGCGCAUUUGCACGCCGAGGUGCUCAACAGCAGUCAGGAUCCCAGCCCGCUGCUGACGCGGCGCGCGCGCGAGCUGUGCGCCGCCGUCGAGCGCCUCGACAGCGCCACGGCCAAGGCGCAGACCCUCGUCACCGCUGCACAUCAGAGAGUGAAAUGGGGUGCAGGCGCUAACCCCGCGCUGCGCUCAAUUGUGCGCGCCCUGGAGGGUGGCUGGGCAGCGCGCAGCGCGCACGCGCGCCGCCUGAGCGCGGCCGCCGCGGCCCUGGCGCCGCAUGCGCGCGUCGCCGCCGCGCUGAGCGCCGCGCCCGCCGCCAGGGCCGCGCGCGCCGCGAGGGCUGCUAAAGCCGCCAAGACCGCCAAGACUGCACUCGCGCAUUGGGAGAAAGCAUGCACGCUCGCACAGAAAUACUCGCUACAAGUGUCGCCCGUGGAGGAGUCGCUGAUGGAAAUGUUGCACCCCGAGGGAAACAUCGACGCACAAUGGGUAGGCAAUGUGUCAGCCCUUGUUCGGGAAACGGCCAACACACUCAACGAAUCCCGUACGACGGCUUUGAACAAAGUGGAGAAAGCCGCGACCGCGCUGAGGGCCGCGGCCGACAAGCUGGCGCACGCGGCCCUGGCGCGCGACAGCCUGCUGCAGGAGCUGAAGGGGCCGCUGCAGGCCUUGCUGCAACUCAACGAUGGUGACAAUCCAGCGCAAGAUUUUUCGACCCUGUGGCGCAGCGUGUCGGAGAAGAUCAACUGCAUCUCUGCGGAGCCCGACGCGGAGGCGCGCGUGCGCGGCGCGGCGCGAGCGGCCGCGCAGUUGGACGCCGAGUUACCGCUGCUGCUGCAACUGCUGCUUGAUUUGCCGGGCGGCGCGACCGACAACAACCGGAAACUGAUGCGACAAGCCGCGCUCUCGUCCCGUCCUUCCGCCAGACACGUGGGCGAGCAGCGCAGCGCCACGGGUGCGGGGGUGUGGAAGCGCGUGCGGCUCAAGCUGGAGGGCCGCGACCCCCCCGCGCGCAGGCCGCAGCCGCAAGACCAGGUGGACUACAUAAUAAUGGAAGCGACUAGUGCAGAGAACCUGUGCCUGAUGUACGAAGGUUGGAUGGCUUGGGUCUGAGCGCGGCCCUGCGGCCCUUCCGGCCCUCCGGCCCUCCGCCCGCGGCCCGCGUCCCCCGCAGCGGGGCCGCCCGCGCCCCUCGGCCCGCGCGCCCCCCGCGGCCCGGCCCGGCCCGGCCCGCCCCGACUCUCCGGCUCGGGGCGGAAUAUCCGACGAUGACGGCAGAAAGUUUUCAAAGUAAUCAAUAUACACUCGACUUUACGCCCUUCUUUUGUCUCUCGGCCGCCGUCCCACACGACCCUACGUUACACGAACGUGGCUCGUAGACGAGCUGUCCAAAUUGCUGACAUUGUAGCAAUAUUGGGUUGCGCGAGCGCAUCUAGAAACGUAGACGUGAGAUACCUCGGCAUAGAUUCCACUUUGGACCGGGAACACCUGUGAAUGGAUGAGAGAUAUUAUUUAUCUCGUUUUUUCGGGGUAUAAUUUCGGCCGUGCAAACAAAAUUACAUUUAAUUCCCUUUCUAAUUUUCAUUGUUUAAUAAAUAUUCUUAUAAAAUCUACCUGUCAUUAUUAUUAUCAAAAUAUCUGCAUCUAUCUGUAACCCCUAUUUCACAGUUUCUAGACACUGUUCUUAUCUUAUCGUAACAAUGCAAAUUAAUCUACUUUAAAUUCGAAAUUUUGAGUUGAAGUAUUUAUUGUAUUGACAAACUUUCAUAACGUAUAGAGUAUCAAAUCAAACGGAACUUUGUAUCAAAAACUAGACAGAAGAUUACCCCAGACGGCUGGCCGAAGUAUUUAAUGUUAGAUUUGUUGUUUUUAUAAGUACUGCUUACGAAAUAUUACUGUAUGUAGCAUCCGACAUCUACUUAACAACUUGUAGAUCGUACACGUUGAUAUUGUGGACACCAUAUUGUUUAGUAUAAAAAAAAUUAAAAAAAAAAGUAAAACAAAAAUGCUUCUUCACUAAAAAUCCACAAUUUUUGACAAAAAUCUUCAAAAUAUUCGACUCCAUUGAAUCACUUUGAUCAUCAAAAUAUAUCAUUUCCAUUAUAAUAAUAUAUGACAUGUCGAUGUUAAAGUAAAUUUAAUGUAACAAUUAACUACCUAUUCAGUAUGUAUGUUCGCGUAUUUUAAUGUUAUUGUAUUUAGGCGAGAGCUUAUUUUCUGUAUUUUCAUUGGAUAUUCAUAGUUAUAAUCAUUCUUGUUUAUCGAAUUAAUUCAACCUGCCGAACCAUUGGUAAAUUUAUUACCACCUGACGGACUUUGGUGUUCAAAAUCACUUGACAGUUUCAAUUCUAAUAGAAUUUGCAUUACAUUUCAUUAUUUUACUAUUAUUGAGGGUUCCCUAGUUAAACUAGAAACCCUUGUAGUUUGGCCAAGUACCUGUCUGUGUGUGACAGCCAUUUUAUUUUUUUUUAAAUAAAUUAUAAGAGAUUUAAAGUUGAAAUUCAGCACAAUUAUAAAAAUCUAUUACCACUGUACAGAAACAUAUUUAAAUUUUCGAAAAAAAAAGUCAUCAUUCUUCCUAAACGUAAAAAACGAGAACUGAAAAAAAAUUGGAGUGAUGCUGUGUUGAAUUAAUAUUUUAAAAUCAUUGGGUAUGAGGUUUGUCAGACUAGCGUUUUCAAUAUUAUACUUGAUACAGUCAAGAGAACCUUACAAUAUUUAUCGAAUUUAUAGAAUAGACGAGAAAUUUCAUUUUAUUUUCCGCAUCAAAUGAAUUUACCACUGGUUCAAAAUGUCUUUCUUACUAAGAACAACUAUCGAGAAAUUCAGAAACUAUAAUAUAUAAUUAAAGAUCGUCUAACAAAAGCUGAAAACGAAAAAUGGUGGCAAAUUUAAAAAAUUAGAUGGUGUAUUCUUGGAUUAAUGAGGAAUAAAAGUUUUUAAUACUUUAUUAUAUCUAGUAUCAUAACUCAAAAUUUAAAAAAACCCCUGACACAAAAACCUCUAUUAGAAAACUAGAAAAGAGCUAAUAACUUUCA